AGCCCAUCCGAGUCGGUUCUUGGCUGCCACUCACACUCGCAGCAUGGACUACCCGAUUUGUUUGACGUUGUUGAUGUUGGUGGGGUCGGCGUUGGCCCUUCCCACGGACAUGGGGCCUCAGACGUUUGACGCGAAGCCCGCCCGGACGCCCCGGGAGGAGCCAGGCGCCAAGCGGCCCACCAGGCAGCAGGAGUACAAAGAAGUCAUCAUGUACUUGACUCCAAGUCAAAUAAGACAUCUUGAAGAGACUCAAAACGAACAUGGAUAUAUCCUGCCUAAUGCUCUAUCAGACGCUUCUCUGCAAAGUGAAGAGAACAAAGCUCUGGACCAGCAGUUACAAGAGCAGCUACUGAAACAAAAUCAAGGCCAGGGUAGUCCGAGUUUGGAGCAACAGCUACAAGAACAAUUGGAAGAACAAGAACCUCGUCCAAGCUUGCAAGAAUUGGAAAAACAACUAGUGCUGAAACAGGAGGCAGAUAAACAAUUACAACAAAAACUUAAACAAGAACAGAGUCUUGAGCAGCAAUUAAUUAAGCAAGAAUCUAGUCAAAGCAUAACACAACAGUUGCAUCAACAGUUUUUAAACGAAGAAGAAGUUAGACAACACUUCGAGCAACAAUUAAUAAAAGAGGCUGGUGAAAAUAAGAAACAGGAACAGAAACUUCUUAAACAAGUGUAUGAAAGUCAACAGGGUCAAAAUAAGACUGAAACCAAAGAGAAGGAAGCUAAAUCAAAGGCCAAUCAAAAGCUACAGCAGAAAUAUGUAGUAGCUGAAGGUCAAAAGGCCAAAUACAAACAACUCGCUCCCCAAUUACAGCUUGUUCCUGAACAACAACAAAACCAAUACGUACCGCAGCAUCUAUUGAGGACACCUCAAUUCAUUUACUUAGAUGUCAGACCAGAGCAAGCUCAGCAACAACCUUUACAGGAACUGCGUCAGGUCUUCUAUCCAGAACAAAACUUGAUAAGAUUUUUGCAACAUCACCGACCUCGACCUUCUGUAGAAGUUGAAAAUCAGCCUAAAUACUAUGAACCUACGGUUGCCAUUGAACCACAACCUGCUAUUGAAGUCCAGCAACAGCCCCAACUGCAAGUAAUUCAGCACCCAGUGAAAGUAGAACCACAGCCGGAGUUACUCGUGCAGGACAAUGCUCAAAACUUGGAACCGGUUCAAGUCCAGCUGCAUCGCCAACUGCGUCCGCAAGUAGAAAUUGUUCAACCUCAGCCAGCAAUUCAGCUACAGUUACUGAAGCGACCUGAGCCUCAACUUCAAAUUCAACUUCGGCCUCAGCCAGAGCUUCAACUUCGACCUCAGCCAGAACUACAAAUUCGACCACAGCCAGAACUGCAACUGCAGCUUCAUAAACUUUCUGAGCCUCAAGUGGAAAUCCAACUUCGUCCUCAGCCCCAAAUUCAACUCCACAAAUUCACGGAACCUGAACUUCAACUUCAGCCACAGUUGAAGGUCGAACAUGGUGAAAUGAAAUCAGAAGUGAGGAUUCUAGCUGACCCUCCUAAUAAAUUUGAACUGGUUCCUUAUCAAUACAUUCCAGAACAGCAAGACGAACAUAAACAGAUUGGACAUGAAUUAUUCAAACAACAGUUUCAUUUUCUAGGAGAGCAAUCAAAACUGAAUGCAGAGUCGUUGCAUGAUUCCAAUGAAAAACUGGUGAAAUUGAAGAAACAACAGGAUCAACAAGAGCUUUUAGGAAAGGAGAUCUUGAACAACCAGAUAAAACUUUUACAACAAGAAGCCAAUCGGGAAUCCGAAGUUUUGAAAAAGGAAAUAGAAAAACAAAAUAAUGAACAAGUACUCAAGGCAGUUUUGAAAUUGAACGAAGAAGAGAAUAUAAAGCCCGUACAUGAAAACCAGGCCCUGCUAGAAGACGUACCAAAGAUACAAGAGCUUUCCCAACUGGACUUAUUACAAAAGAUCAGUAAUGAUCAGUUCCAGAAGGAAUCACAAAAACUGAAGCCGUUGACACAUUUAGAUAUACUUCGUCAUCAAAACGAACUAAGUCAAUAUGCGCCCCGCUUCAACGAGCCACAGUUCUCACUCGCCGACAUCGAAAACGUCAUCAAAAACAUAGAAAAGGAAAAACUGAAGGCACAGAAAACCAUAGAAGCUAUAAACAGGUCACCACCGGUUGUAGUUAACAAGGAGGUAACUCUAAAGCGGCGUCCAAUUGAGUUAAUUAAAACCGUAAAAGUACCAGUGCCGACUCCGUAUUUAUAUCCGGUUCCUCAGCCGUACGCAGUCAAAGUUCCGCAACCAUACGCAGUUCCACUACAGAUUAUUAAUCCCUACAUCGUACCGAUAGUGAAGACGGAAAAAGUAGAAGUUGAAAAACCGGUACCCGUUGAGGUGGAAAAGCGUGUACCAGUGGAAGUCGAAAAAAAGGUUUACGUUCACAUUAAUAAACCUUAUACGGUAGAUAGAUUUGUACCUUAUGAAGUAAAGAAAGAGAUUCCUGUUGAAGUACCUCUUUAUAGGCCACAGAAAUUCACAAUUCUGAGGCAUGUUUGGAAGAAUUGAGUGCAAUAUUAGUAUUUAAAUAGGUACAUAAUUAAUUGUUUGAAUAAAUCUGUGUUUUUGUGUAGAUGUUAUUAUUAGAUGUGAUUGUUUUGUUGAUGAUUUUGUACAUACAUUUCGUGUUCUUGAAUAAAUUAUGAUUGUGUGCU